CCUCUCUCUCUCUCCCUCUCUCUCUCGCUCAUCCUCCUCUUUACCUCUCUAUUUCUGUUCUUUCGCUGUAUUCCCGACUUCAGAAUCAUGGAUCUCACAACGAGGUGUUUGUUUCUUCUAUUCAGCCUUCGCUUGAUAUUAGCGAUCGAUUUGGACGUUUUGGAGCCAAGCUACUAUGUGGAGCCUUCAGCUUCUUCAGAGGCAAUCGACUACAAGGAUCCAUGUAAAGCUGUUGCCUACCUGGGCGAUAUCGCCCUGGACGAGGAGGACAUGCGCAGUUUUAAGGUGGUCCGGGUAGUGGACUUGGCCCAAAGGACUGUGCAGAUCUUCAACAACACCAACACAGGUUCGUCUGCCAGUGAGACGAGGGCGGUGCCAGACCCACCGGGCUCUCGCCGCAAGAAAAGGGCGGCGACCUCCAGGCCUGAGAGGGUGUGGCCAGAGGGGGUCAUUCCGUACGUGAUCAGCGGCAACUUCAGUGGCAGCCAGCGGGCCAUCUUCCGGCAAGCCAUGCGUCACUGGGAGAAGCACACCUGCGUGACGUUCAUCGAGAGGACGCAGGAGGAGAGCUACAUCGUCUUCACCUACCGGCCGUGUGGGUGCUGCUCGUAUGUGGGUCGUCGGGGCGGAGGCCCCCAGGCCAUCUCCAUCGGCAAGAACUGCGACAAGUUCGGCAUCGUGGUGCACGAGCUGGGUCACGUCAUCGGCUUCUGGCACGAGCACACGCGGCCGGACCGCGACGAGCACGUCAGCAUCAUCCGCGACAACAUCCAACCAGGGCAGGAGUAUAACUUCCUGAAGAUGGAGCCCGGUGAGGUGGACUCCCUCGGGGAGACGUACGACUUCGACAGCAUCAUGCACUACGCCCGGAACACGUUCUCAAGAGGGAUAUUUCUGGACACCAUCCUGCCCCGCUACGAUGUGAACGGCGUCCGGCCGCCCAUUGGCCAGAGGACCAGGCUGAGUAAAGGGGACAUCACCCAGGCUCGCAAACUUUACAAGUGUCCAAGAUGUGGCGAUAGCCUGCAGGAGAGCAGCGGGAACUUCUCGUCCCCAGGCUUCCCCAAUGGAUACUCUGCCUACAUGCACUGCAUCUGGAGAAUAUCAGUCACACCAGGGGAGAAGAUCAUUCUAAACUUCACGUCCAUGGACCUGUACAGGAGUCAUCUGUGCUGGUACGACCAUGUGGAGAUCAGAGAUGGCUACUGGAGGAAAGCUCCUCUGAAAGGUCGCUUCUGUGGAGACAAGCUGCCAGAGCCCAUCAUAUCGACAGACAGCCGGCUGUGGAUUGAGUUCCGCAGCAGCAGCAACUGGGUGGGCAAGGGCUUCUCAGCUGUCUAUGAAGCUAUCUGCGGUGGGGAAGUGAGGAAGGACAACGGGCAGAUCCAGUCCCCCAACUACCCCGACGACUACAGGCCCAACAAAGUGUGCGUGUGGAAGAUCACCGUUGCCCAGGGCUACCACGUGGGCCUGACCUUCCAGUCCUUUGAGAUCGAGAGGCAUGACAGCUGUGCCUAUGACUACCUGGAGGUGCGUGAUGGCAACUCGGAGAGCAGUCCUCUACUCGGCCGCUUCUGCGGCUACGACAAACCGGACGACCUCAAGACCAGCUCCAACCAGCUGUGGAUGAAGUUCGUGUCGGACGGCUCCGUCAACAAGGCCGGCUUUGCCGCCAACUUCUUCAAAGAAAUGGACGAGUGUUCCAGGCCCGACAACGGCCGCUGCGAGCAGCGCUGUGUCAACACGCUGGGAAGCUACAAGUGCGCUUGCGACGCCGGCUACGAGCUGGCCUCGGACAAACGCAGCUGUGAAGCUGCCUGCGGAGGUUAUAUCACCAAGCUGAAUGGCUCCAUCACCAGCCCUGGCUGGCCCAAGGAGUACCCGCCCAACAAGAACUGCAUCUGGCAGCUGGUGGCCCCGUCCCAGUACCGCAUCACCCUGCUCUUCGACCUCUUCGAGACCGAGGGCAAUGACGUGUGUAAGUACGACUACGUGGAGGUGCGAAGCGGACUCUCGGCGGACUCGCGGCUCCACGGGAAGUUCUGCGGCGCGGAGAAGCCCGAGGCCAUUACCUCGCAGUACAACAUCAUGCGCAUCGAGUUCAAGUCGGACAACACCGUGUCCAAGAAGGGCUUCAAAGCGCAGUUCUUUGCAGACAAGGACGAGUGCUCCAAGGAGAACGGAGGCUGCCAGCACGAGUGUGUGAACACCUACGGCAGCUACAGCUGCCAGUGUCGCAGCGGCUUUGUGCUGCACGAGAACAAGCACGACUGCAAGGAGGCGGGCUGCGAUCACGUGGUGCACAGUGUGAGCGGCACCAUCACCAGCCCCAACUGGCCAGACAAGUACCCCAGCAAGAAGGCCUGCUCCUGGGCCCUGUCCACCACGCCUGGACACCGCAUCAAGAUAGCGUUCAACGAGAUCGACAUGGAGCCGCACGUGGAGUGCGCCUACGACCACAUCGAGAUUUACGACGGGCGCGACGGGAAGGCGCCCAGCCUCGGACGCUACUGUGGCACCAAGAAGCCGCCGCCCAUCCUCUCCAGCGCCAACAAGAUGUUCAUCCGCUUCUUCUCCGACAACUCGGUGCAGAAGAAGGGCUUCGAGGCCUCACACACUGCAGAAUGUGGCGGUCAUCUAAAGGCAGAAGUGAAGACAAAAGACCUGUACUCCCACGCCCAGUUCGGGGACAAUAACUACCCCGGGGCCUCGGACUGCCAGUGGACCAUCUCGGCGGAGAAGGGCUACGGCGUGGAGCUGAUUUUCCAGACGUUCGAGAUCGAGGAGGAGGCCGACUGCGGCUACGACUACAUGGAGCUCUUUGACGGGCCUGACACCAAAUCCCCAAGACUGGGCCGCUACUGUGGAUCAGGGCCUCCCGAGGAGAUCUACUCCGCCGGCGACUCGAUCGUCAUCAAGUUCCGCUCCGACGACACCAUCAACAAGAAGGGCUUCCACGUGCGCUACACCAGCACCAAGUUCCAGGACACGCUGCACUCUCGCAGGAAGUGACCCGUGGGGGCCGGGAGGGGCCGUCCGGGGCCCAAGGAGAAGCGCAGGGGCCCCAAGGGGAGGCGCCAGCCCGUCGCUCGGAGACCCCCGGCCGCCAAGAUCACCCAGACUGGACGCAAGACCAGCCGCAAGACCGCCAACCGCACCUCAGUAGUUCCCAGGGGCUCUGGCGCCCCCUAAUGACU